GCGGCGCACCCGCAGCCCUCAGCUCCAGCACCGCGGACAGACAGCCUCUCUCAACGAGUACCACGAGACCAGCGCUGUCUGCAACACGCUAAAAAUAUCUUUGCCGUUUUUUAUGUUGUUGAAACUUUGUUGAGCUAAGUUUCAUCCUAAACAAACACUUCAUAUAGACGAUUGUUUAGAGCCCUUACAUAUCAUCGUGUUCAGUGGCACAGAGUUUUGAGCGCAUUUUAGCCACGAUGUCCGCCAACACGCAGCAGAGCAAGAGCUGCCCCAUUCCCACGCGUGUCCUGCACCUCAAAGACUGGUCCCAGCUCCCAGACUGCUACAGUCAGACCCCUGGAGGAACACUCUUCUCCACCACACCAGGGGGAACUCGGAUAAUUUAUGACAGAAAGUUCCUCCUAGACUGCAGGAACUCUCCCAUUGCCCGGACCCCACCCUGUUGUUUGCCCCAGAUUCCUGGGGUGACCAUUCCUUCACACCAUCCAAUGUCCAAACUGCAGGAACUCAAAGAGGAGUUGGAGGAGGAGAAUGAUCUGGCAGCUGAUGACAACCAGUUUGAAAUGGACAUUUGAGUCUUUCAUCUACCUCCUGUGGAGAAUUCUUUAUAUCUGUCGGGAUGUUGCUGCUUACCCCACGAUCAGCGGACAUUACAUAUUCACCAGAGUGCAGGGCUUUUUAAUGAGCUAAACACCCAAAGGGUGUCUUAUUCUUUUGUUUAAAAGUAUUUGUUUGGUGUUUACCAGAAAAAACACAAUUCUUUGACAAGUGGCAAUGUUUUAAAGUUCUUUAUUGUACAUAUGGUACUUUUCUACUUUUUUUUUUUUUGAAAAUGAAGCAUUAUGUGGGAGCCGGGCAUGACCAUGGCAAAAUCUCUCAUUUCUGAGCUUUGUAUCUCCACAAACAUUGCUUAUUGUUUAAUGGUAAAUACCAACUAUAUGCCAAAUGACUGUCUGUUGCAUAAGUUUGGCGUUUCACCUGAAAAAGCACAUCAGAACAUAAAUGUACACCAUUGUGUGCCCUCAGGGUUUUCUUGGUGUUUCAUUUGCCUGGAUUUCCUCAGGUUUUAUUAUUUUGAAUGAAAUAAAAAAAUGAGAAAAAAAA